AUGCACAUGCGCCUGUUCCACUUUCUCACCUUACCUCUCCUCUCAUUAUGCAACAACAUCUCCAAGGUUUCAGCCCCAUACGGAACUUGGAACCUCUCGGUUAGCGGUGGUUUUGCUGCCUCUGGCUUCCGCUGGCAGGAUAUGCUGGCCGAGUUUACCUACAGCGAGCACAUUGGCGCAGUCGUCAUACCGACCAUCACAUCCGAAUGCAACUGGUUCUACGAUCCACGGAUUCCUGGGUAUAACCCGCCGCCUGGAACGUGUAACGACACAUCGUUCGGAUACGACUGGCCGAAUGGAGGGACAGGAGUGACUAACAUUACUCUGCAUCAGACGGUCAAGGAUCCUGAGGACGGGACCAAAGCAGUGGCUGUGACGGGCACAUCACAGAUCGAAUACCGAUGUGGACUGAAUGCUGGCAGGACGUGUGCUGCAUCGGUGGUCGUUGAGGCCUUUGAAGGCAGCGGAUGA